ACUCUUCUAUGAACCUGUCACUACACCUUGUGGACACACCUUCUGUCUCAAAUGUCUUGAGAGAUGCCUGGAUCACAACCCAAAAUGUCCCCUGUGUAAGGAAGGGCUCUCGGAGUGCUUGGCUAUGAGGAAAUACUGUAAAACAGUACUAAUGGAGGAGUUAAUAGCUAGGUAUCUUCCAGAGGAACUCACUGAAAGAAGAAAGAUUUAUGAAGAGGAAAUAGCAGAGCUUUCCAACCUAAAUAAGAAUGUUCCUAUAUUUGUCUGCACAAUGGCUUAUCCUACAGUCCCAUGCCCUCUGCACAUCUUUGAGCCAUGUUACCGCCUGAUGAUUCGAAGGUGCAUGGAGACUGGCACCAAACAAUUUGGGAUGUGCAUCAGUGACCCUGUAAAGGGCUUUGCAGAUUAUGGCUGCAUUCUGGAGAUAAGAAAUGUUGAAUUCUUUGCUGAUGGUCGCUCUGUUGUAGACAGCAUCGGCAAGAGGAGAUUUAAGGUGAUACAGCACAGCCAGCGUGAUGGCUAUAAUACAGCAGAUAUUGAGUACAUUGAGGAUCAAAAGGUGCAAGGACAAGAGUAUGCGGCGUUACUUGUUCUCCAUAAUUCUGUCUAUGAUCAGGCAUAUAUGUGGUUUAACUCCCUCAAGCAAGCACUCAAAAGUCGAAUUCUCAGUCAUUUUGGUCCAAUGCCAGCUAAGGAUCCUGACCCACAGGCUAACCCUAACGGGCCAGCCUGGUGCUGGUGGGUCCUAGCUGUCCUUCCACUUGAGAACAGAGCUCAGCUCCCUUUCCUGGCCAUGAAAUCCCUCAAAGACCGCUUGAAUGGCAUCAGACGUGUCCUUACAUUCAUGUCUCGUACAAGAUCACGGUGAUGGUGAGGAGAGCCGUGAAGUCUCCCAACCGUACUUGACUGUAGACUCUCUCUUGUAACUUCAUCUAACUGCAAUAAUGUCUUACAGAUUUGAAUGUCAGGAAUUUUCAAGCCUGAAUUUCAAAGAAAUUGAGUUAUAAAGAGCAAGAGAUGUUUAUGGAUACUGCAAUAGUUUCCAUUUGGAACUCUGAGAUGAUUAUUCAAUCACUGCACUGCUAAAUUAAUAACAAAUGUGAUAGAACAAAAAGUGAUCUUGUUUGCCAUAAACCUUUUAAAAAGCUUAA